GUGUUUCGGAGAGCGAGGACGGCCGGAGACUUGGCCUGGCUCUACUCGUCCAAUAGGAGGGAAAAAUCGCGAUAGGCAAUGAAACGGAGCUAGAGCUAGACACAGAGACAGCAAAGAGGAAGUGAUCGCAGUGGUGAUGUGAUGGUCACAAUUAUUGUUCGUAUGAUGGUUGCGUCCGCUGUGCCCUGCCUUUGCCUGGUCCUGUUGGCUCUGCGGCCCCCCGUGACUGCGUCAUUAAAAUGUCAUUGUGAGCACUGUAUGAAGGACAAUCAGACCUGUGAGACUGAUGGAUUGUGCAUAGCAAGUCUAAUAAUACAAGAUGGGAAAGAAACCCAUAACAGCUUGUGUGCUGCCAAUGCCGAUCUAUUUCCUGCAGACAGACCAUUCAUGUGUGCUUCCCACAUUAAUACUGAAGUAUAUAAUGCUGCACAUUGCUGUAACAAGGAUUUCUGCAAUACAAGACUUCCAUCUCCUACGGUUACAUCACCAAAGUCUUCGAUCACAUUUACCCCAGUGGAGUUAGCAGCUAUUAUUGCUGGUCCUGUUUGUUUCCUCUGUAUUUUACUGAUGUUCAUCUUGUACAUAUGCCACAAUCGUACAGUUAUCCAUCACCGUGUUCCUAAUGAAGAAGACCCUUCAUUAGACCGACCAUUUAUAUCGGAGGGGACAACACUUAAAGAUUUAAUAUAUGACAUGACCACCUCAGGAUCUGGCUCAGGUCUCCCAUUACUUGUACAAAGAACUAUUGCUAGAACAAUAGUUUUGCAAGAGAGCAUUGGCAAAGGUCGCUUUGGAGAAGUGUGGCGUGGGAAAUGGAGAGGUGAGGAAGUAGCUGUAAAAAUUUUCUCAUCAAGGGAAGAGCGUUCUUGGUUCCGUGAGGCAGAAAUCUACCAAACUGUGAUGCUACGCCAUGAGAACAUUCUUGGCUUUAUUGCAGCAGACAAUAAAGAUAAUGGAACUUGGACUCAACUUUGGUUGGUAUCUGAUUAUCAUGAGCAUGGUUCGCUUUUUGAUUACCUGAACCGGUAUACGGUGACUGUGGAAGGAAUGCUCAAGCUAUCAUUAUCCACAGCAAGCGGCUUGGCUCAUCUUCACAUGGAGAUAGUUGGGACACAAGGAAAACCAGCUAUUGCUCAUAGAGAUCUUAAAUCAAAAAAUAUACUAGUUAAGAAAAAUGGAACUUGCUGCAUUGCAGAUCUAGGAUUAGCUGUGCGACAUGAUUCGGCUACAGAUACAAUUGACAUUGCACCAAAUCAUAGAGUUGGUACAAAAAGGUACAUGGCCCCAGAGGUUCUUGAUGAUUCUAUAAAUAUGAAACAUUUUGAGUCCUUUAAGCGUGCAGAUAUCUAUGCAAUGGGAUUAGUCUUCUGGGAAAUAGCCCGUCGUUGUUUUGUCGGUGGAAUCCAUGAAGAUUAUCAGUUACCUUACUAUGACCUUGUUCCAUCUGAUCCAUCAGUUGAGGAGAUGAGGAAAGUUGUUUGUGAACAGAAGCUGAGGCCGAACAUUCCAAACAGAUGGCAGAGCUGUGAAGCAUUACGUGUCAUGGCCAAAAUAAUGCGAGAAUGUUGGUAUGCCAAUGGGGCUGCAAGGCUCACUGCUUUACGGAUCAAGAAAACAUUGUCGCAGCUUAGUCAGCAAGAAGGCAUAAAAAUGUAACCCAUCAUCCAGAUCUAAAAUGAUCUACCUGGUUUGCCUGAUCUGAAGAAACUGUGUUCUACCUCACUGAGGGAACAGUCUAACAAUGCUGCCUUUCUGAAAUUUCAUAGGAUAAACCUGCGAACCACUACAUACAAAAACCCUUCAUUUACUUUUUACGCUUUGAUCACCAUCUUCCGAGGACAUACUGUAAUUGUGUAUUUAGAAAUUUUUCUAAUGGUACAAUUGAACAUGCUGGUUUUACUUUUCUUCUAUUUCUGUUAAUUCCCUUAACUUGCGCCUUUAACCCUUUCCUGCAACUUUUGGACAUUUUGAAAAUGCCAGGAAUCUUUACUAAAUUUCUGCUAUUAUAAGUUCUGUGUAUCUUUCCUUCUAUAUUUUCAUUAGACAUUUCGAAAAACUUUCAAAAUCGUAUUGCUUAAAAAUACCUCAUUAGGAUUUGGAGAAAUUAUGCAAAUCAGGUUUUAUCAAUACUACCGUAUAUUGCAUGCCUUCAUAAAUUUAUUUUAUUACCAGUAAGUGCCACGCAAAGCAUAUACAUUCGUUUAUAUCUAAUUGUUUGCAUUGUGUUUAUAUUUUUUCUUUUAACCACAGUACCUAAGAACUUAUGCAACAAUUUGCUUUGCAUUUAGCGAAAUUAAAAUUCCAUGCUGGUUACAAACGAGAAAGAUAUUUUAAAACCAAAUAAUUUGUCAGCAUAACAAGAACUAUUGAAUUUUUUUUUAUUCCCAUUAGAAAAAUAUUUAAGGGUUUUCUCUAAAUACCAGGUUAUCAUUGUUUAAAUGGCUGCAGUUCCAAUAACACUCUAAGGCCUCAUGCACACGGCCGUUGUUUUGGUCCGCAUCCAAGCCACAGUUUUGGUGGCUCGGAUGCUGACUCAUUCACUUCAAUGGGGCUGCAAAAGA